CCUAUAAAUGAUCGGACGACCACUUCGUCUUCCUCGCGCCGUUGCCUCUCUCUCUCUCUUUCUCAUCCUCUGCUCUAUCUCUCCCUCUCUCUAACUGAUUCUGUGAGGGAGAAACAGUCUCCGUGACCUAACCAUCUCCGGUUCUAUCUCCACGAAGAAAAAUGGCGUCCCACGUUGUUGGAUACCCUCGCAUGGGCCCCAAGAGAGAGCUCAAGUUUGCUCUUGAGUCGUUCUGGGAUGGGAAGAGCAGUGCUGCUGAUUUGGAGAAGGUGGCAGCUGACCUCAGGUCAUCCAUCUGGAAGCAGAUGGCUGAUACUGGGAUCAAGUACAUCCCCAGCAACACCUUCUCAUACUAUGACCAGGUGCUUGACACCACUGCAAUGCUCGGGGCUGUUCCUCCCAGAUAUGGCUGGAAUGGUGGCGAGAUCGGAUUUGACACCUACUUCUCCAUGGCCAGGGGAAAUGCCUCUGUUCCCGCUAUGGAGAUGACCAAGUGGUUCGACACCAACUACCAUUACAUUGUGCCUGAGUUGGGUCCAGAAGUCAAGUUCUCUUAUGCUUCCCACAAGGCUGUCAAUGAGUACAAGGAGGCCAAGGCGCUCGGAGUUGACACUGUUCCAAUCCUCGUUGGCCCUGUCUCCUACUUGUUGCUGUCCAAGCCAGCAAAGGGUGUUGGGAAGGCCUUUUCUCUUCUCUCCCUUCUCGACAAAAUCCUUCCAAUCUACAAGGAAGUUGUAUGUGAACUCAAGGCAGCUGGUGCUUCCUGGAUUCAGUUUGAUGAGCCCACCCUUGUGAUGGAUCUCGACUCAGACAGAUUGCAAGCAUUCUCUCAGGCCUACUCGGCAUUGGAAUCAACACUCUCUGGCCUGAAUGUUCUCAUUGAGACCUACUUUGCUGAUGUUCCCAAGGAGGCAUACAAAGUCCUUACCUCUUUGAAGGGUGUCACUGGAUUUGGAUUUGAUCUUGUUCGUGGAACUAAGACCCUUGAUUUGAUCAAGGGUGGAUUCCCCACUGGAAAAUACUUGUUUGCUGGAGUUGUUGAUGGAAGGAACAUCUGGGCCAACGAUCUUGCCUCUUCCCUCAGCACCUUGCAGGGUCUUGAGGCCAUUGUAGGCAAAGACAAGCUUGUGGUCUCCACCUCCUGUUCCCUGCAGCACACAGCGGUGGAUCUGGUCAACGAGCCCAAGUUGGACAAGGAAAUCAAGUCAUGGCUUGCAUUUGCUGCUCAGAAGGUCGUUGAAGUUAAUGCCUUGGCCAAGGCAUUGGCUGGACAAAAGGAUGAGGAAUUUUUCUCAGCUAAUGCUGCAGCUCAAGCUUCAAGGAAGUCCUCCCCAAGGGUCACUAAUGAGGCUGUUCAAAAGGCUGCUGCUGCUUUGAAGGGUUCUGACCACCGCCGUGCUACUAACGUCAGUGCUAGGCUUGAUGCCCAGCAGAAGAAGCUGAACCUUCCAGUCUUACCCACCACUACCAUUGGGUCCUUCCCCCAGACCAUGGAACUCAGAAGGGUUCGCCGUGAAUACAAGGCCAAGAAGAUGUCCGAAGAUGAGUAUGUUGCUGCCAUCAAGGAGGAGAUCAAGAAGGUCGUCCAGCUUCAGGAAGAGCUCGACAUCGAUGUCUUGGUCCACGGAGAGCCUGAGAGGAAUGAUAUGGUUGAGUACUUCGGAGAGCAGUUGUCUGGUUUUGCCUUCACUGCUAAUGGAUGGGUACAGUCUUAUGGAUCUCGCUGUGUGAAGCCACCGAUUAUCUAUGGUGAUGUGAGCCGCCCCAAGCCAAUGACUGUCUUCUGGUCAACCACUGCCCAGAGCAUGACCUCCCGCCCAAUGAAGGGAAUGCUCACUGGUCCUGUUACAAUUCUAAACUGGUCCUUUGUCCGAAAUGACCAGCCCAGGUUCGAGACCUGCUACCAGAUUGCCUUGGCCAUCAAGGACGAAGUCGAGGAUCUUGAGAAGGCUGGCAUCAACGUUAUUCAGAUCGAUGAGGCUGCUCUGAGAGAGGGGUUACCCCUGAGGAAGUCCGAGCAUACUUUCUACUUGGAUUGGGCCGUCCACUCUUUCAGGAUCACCAACUGCGGCGUAAAGGACACUACUCAGAUCCACACCCACAUGUGCUACUCUCACUUCAAUGACAUCAUCCAUUCGAUCAUCGACAUGGACGCUGAUGUUAUCACCAUUGAGAACUCCCGCUCUGACGAGAAGCUCCUCUCCGUCUUCCGUGAGGGAGUCAGGUACGGUGCUGGAAUCGGCCCUGGGGUCUACGAUAUCCACUCCCCGAGAAUACCAUCAACCGAGGAAAUCGCCGACAGGAUCAACAAGAUGCUCGCGGUGCUCGAGACCAACAUUCUGUGGGUGAACCCCGACUGCGGUCUCAAGACCCGCAAGUAUGCCGAGGUCAAGCCCGCCCUCAGCAACAUGGUCGCUGCUGCCAAGCUCCUCCGUACCCAGCUCGCCAGUGCCAAGUGAAGAAGAGGCGCAACAAUACCGAGGGAGUGUUCCAAUGGAAAUUCUUCCGAAAUCACCCAUUCUUACUAUGGACCGGAGCGGAGUAAAAUCUUGUGAUCCCGUCCCGCUAUCAAUUGAAUAAGCGUACCGUGCUUGGGCGACUUCUAUUGGUUUUUCUUUUGGCCUUUUUUUUCUUUCCUCGUCGGAUUGUUUUUUCUUUUCGCUUUCUUUUUUCAGUCUUUUGUUCUCCAAUUUGUUUCUCUUAAAAUUUCCGAAAGAGUCGAAAGCCGCAUUGCUUAGUGUACCGUUCCGAGAAAUUGGAAAUGAAGAAAGAUCAUUUAUAAUGUUCAUGUCA